AUGGCGUCUAGCGUGGAUGCGAAGCUGAUUAGGCGGACCAAGUUCCCCCCUGAGUUCAAUAAGAAGGUGGACAUGACCAAGGUCAACAUUGAGGUUAUGAAGAAAUGGAUCGCAAGUCAAAUCUCCAAGAUAUUGGGAAAUGAGGAUGACGUCGUUAUCGAGCUCUGUUUUGCACAUCUCGAGGGACAACGCUACCCCGAUAUCAAAUCACUCCAAAUCCAACUCACCGGAUUCCUAGACAAAGAUACCCCCAAGUUCUGCCAAGAGCUGUGGUCGUUGUGCCUAAGCGGCCAGGCCAAUCCACAGGGCGUCCCGAAGGAGCUUCUGGAGGCCAAGAAGCUUGAGCUCAUACAAGAGAAGGUGAUCCUCGAGGCCGAGAAAGCUGCCGAAGCCCUUCGACGUCAAAGGGAACAAGACCAAAACCGCGAACGAGAAUUGGACGAUAUGAGACGGCGCGAGCGACCAGACCGCGGACGUGGAGGAAGAGGCGGCGAUCGCGGUGAUCGCGGUGGCCGUGGAGGUCGAUCCUUCGGAGGACGAGACUUCAACAGACGACCUUCGCCUCCCGGAGACCGAGACCGCAGCAGAGACCGAUUCCGUGAACCUCCAUCUCGACGUGACUUUGACUCCUACGUGCCGCCUGGUAAUCGUCGCGGCCGCCGUCCAUCUAGAUCUCCCCACGGCACCCGUUCCCCAUCUCGAUCCCCGAAGCCCUCAUCACCAUCUCGCCGAAACCGCGACGAGCCACGCCAUAGGCGACGUGAACGCCGCCCCCGUUCCCUAAGCAACUCAGUAUCUCCCGAGCGACGCACCCGCGGAGGAGCGAGAAGGCGCAGCAGUCCGGAUUACGGUGACCGUGUUAAAGCAAGACCCAUUUCCCGCAGCCGUUCCCCGCGCUCACGUUCCCCCAGAGGAGACCGCCGCCGACGAAGCUCCGUCUCUCGCAGCCGCAGUAUAUCCUCGUCGCCUCGCCAUACCCGGCGCCAGGCAGACUCUUCGAGGUCCGUCUCUCCCGCGAUGUCCCGCCGCUCACCUGGACGCUAUACCCGAGACCGCGAUUCUCGUCGUUUGAGCCGCAGUCCUGAUAGUGCCGGUACACGUGAUCGUGGUGAGAACCGUCGACGCCGCAGCCCCAGCGGUGAUCGGAGCCGUAGCCGUAGCCGCAGCCGCAGCCCCAAGAGAGAUACUGAUGGCAAGCGGCGCCGCUCUAUGGAAAGAUACAACCCUGAUGAGAAACGACGCAAGAUGGCUGAUGAGAACGAGGAUUCCACCCAACCCCCGUCGAAAGCUGAUGAACCGUCGAAAGCUGAUGACAGUGAGACAAAAACAAAAGAUGCCGAGCAGGUUGGUCAUUAA